AUGAAGUUCGGCCACAAUCUUGCCCGCAACCAGGUCCCCGAAUGGGCUUCCCACUACAUCAACUACAAGGGCCUGAAGCGGCUCGUCAAGUCGGCGGCUGAGGCUGUCAAGAAUGGAGCAGAGGCCGAUCUGGCGGAAUUUUUCUACUCGCUCGACCGCAACCUCGAAGAUGUCGACGGCUUCUACAACAAGAAGUACGCCGAGUCGGCGCGCAGGCUGAAACUGCUCCACGACCGCUUCGGCCGCGCCACCCUGUUCUCCGACGGCAUCGACAGGGAUGAGUUGGAGGACCUCGUCGGCGCCCUGCUCGAGCUGCGCGGCCAGUUGAGGAAGCUGCAAUGGUACGGCGAGGUCAAUCGCAGAGGCUUCGUCAAGAUCACGAAGAAGUUGGACAAGAAGGUGCCCAACUCGUGUACCCAGCAGCGCUAUCUGGCCACCAAGGUUGACCCAACCCCGUUUGCUACAAAUCACAAGUUGCAGCAAGACAUGAAAGCCAUCAACGACUGGCUUUCCGGGCUUGGCGAGGCCAAGGUGUUCGACGACGCCAGCUCCGUCCACUCCACUGCCUCCCUGAAGAGGGUGUCGUCGAAAGCCGUCCUCAACCUGCCCUCGGGCCUGUUAGAUACCCUAGACCAGGCCAUCCGGAAUGAUGACGCCUCGAAGCUAGAGGGGCUCCUUCAAGACGCGAGAGCGGGAGAGGACACGGGUAGUCCUGCUUAUCAGAAGCUGCUCCUCAACCUCCUGCAGCGCUCCCUCUCUUCCAGGUCCCGGCAGUGCGUCCAGAAACUGCUGUCUCAGCUCACAUCCCUCGAUGACGAGGACGACCUGAACAAGCGGAACUGUAUUCAUAGACUGGUGAUCGCUGUCGGCCGUGCAAAAACUAGCGAGGCCCAGAACGGCGGCCAAAGCCAGAGUGCGGGCCCUUUCCUUGGAAUUCCGAACGAUGCCGCGAAUUUCAUCUCCCCAGCCGAGUCUCCAGUGCACCUGCCUCCGACAGUCUCCAUCACCGAGCAGCAGUCGAACAAGCUGCUGGCUGCCGAUGACGAGUCCGUCCUUGUGCUCUCCUUCCUCCUCGACAGCUUGAAGCCUGAGCAACGCUCCGCGCUAUCAGCUCGGGAUUCCUAUGGAAGACUUCCGCUCCACUAUGCUGCCCAGUAUGGCUUCGUCGUCAUCUGCAAGAUCGUCAUCGAGCACAUGCAGAAAUGGGGUCAGUUCGACGUUUCCCGUGGGAUUGAUUCUCCCGAAUGGCAUGACUCGGACGGUUACGCGCCUCUCCACCUCAGUGUCAUUGGUGGUCACCCUCUGACGACGAAGACGCUUUUGGACUCGGAGAGAUGGCAGGACUCUGACGAGAAGAUCUCCAUCCGGAAGUCGGUGUCCAAGUCUGGCGCUGUGUUGUCGCUCGCCGCAAAGUCCAACUUCGUCCAGAUCGUAAAACUUCUGGUCGAUGCUGGCGUGGACAUCAACUAUCAGGAUGAGCAGGGCGAGACUGCCUUGCAUCUGGCAGCUCGCUACGGCCACACCGAAUGCGCAAAGACGCUCAUUGCCGGGACUUCGGAUCAAACGGCCAACAUCGAACUUGCUGAGAACGCUUUUGCCUGGACUCCUCUUUUCAUCGCCUGCGUCGAUGGCCAUUUGGACGUCGCCAAGCUGCUCAUCGAGGCCGGAGCAGAGUUGGACAAGGCGGAUCUGUCCGGCUGGACACCCAAGGAGCAUGCUGCCUUGAGAGGUCAUUUGGAUAUCGCAAACAUUUUGGCCGAGCUUACGCCUCCCCCCGCUGCAACGGACGAGCAGGAGCAGGAGAAGGGGCAGCAACCGCCUGUUCGCUCGGAGUCGCCGCCACAAUCUUCCAUCGAGGACAGGCGAUCUAACGUGAACAAGGAUCUCCGCAUACCGGAGCCUAUCAAGACUUUCGGCCAUCGGUACCUGCAGAAGGAGAGCAUGGUUCUCGUCAGUCUUGGCAGUAUGGACAUGCGGAAGCAUGUUGAGCCCGUCAAGCUUGACGACAUCCACAUCUCUGAUGCUCACGCGACGCAGCUUGACACUGCUCUCUCCGUCGUUGUCUCUGCUCAGGGGGCGUCUGGGGAACCAACCGUCAUUGACCUCCCAGUUCAGGAGAACAUCAGUACCGACCCCAUAACCUUCUCGACCAUGGACGCUUCUAGGGUUAAGCUUCUUUUCGACAUCGUCCCUACCUAUGCUGGUUCGAAGGAGCGCGUAGUCGGACGUGGUGUUGCCAUGCUGUCAAGUGUCAGGCAAAUGGUCGGCUCUGCAAGGAUGAACCUCAAGGGCGACAUCAGCGUCCCAAUCAUCGCUGCCAACACUUUGGAAGUCAUUGGAACCGUCAACUUCAACUUCCUCGUCAUUACGCCCUUCUCCCAUCCCAACCUGUCCAUCACGGAGAAUCAAACGUAUUGGAGGAGUAUGGCGUCGACCAUGGUCAUUGGACACAGAGGUUUGGGCAAGAACCUCGCAUCUCGGAAGUCCUUGCAAUUGGGCGAGAACACGCUUCAGUCUUUCAUUGCUGCUGCCAAUUUAGGAGCAUCUUAUGUUGAGUUUGAUGUUCAACUGACCAAAGAUCACGUCCCUGUCAUUUACCACGACUUCCUUGUUAGCGAAACUGGAAUUGACGCACCGGUGCAUACCUUGACGCUGGACCAGUUCCUCCAUGUGGGCGAGCAGAAGUCACCUCGUUCCUCAAGGCCGUCGUCUCCUGUUGAGGCCAAAGCUGAGAACAAGGAUCUCGCCAAAGUUCGGGCCCGGCCACGCUCGUACUCCGUCGAUGUCAAGAAGGAGAGUCAAUCCGACCUCAACGAACGCAUGAAGCAUACCCGCGAUUUCAAGACGAAGGGCUACAAAGGCAACAGCCGUGGCAACUUCAUCCAGGCACCCUUCACCACCCUUGAAGAGAUGUUCAGGAAGCUUCCUGAGUCGAUUGGCUUCAACAUUGAGAUGAAAUACCCAAUGUUGCACGAAUCUGAGGAGCAUGACAUGGACACAUACGCUGUCGAGUUGAAUUCUUUUGUGGAUACGAUCCUCAAGCAAGUCUACGAUCUCGGCUCAAAGCGCAACAUAAUAUUCUCGUCCUUCCAUCCCGACAUCUGCCUUAUGCUGUCCUUCAAACAGCCCUCCAUCCCCAUUCUCUUCCUCAGUGACGCGGGUACCUCCCCCGUCGGAGAUAUCCGGGCCAGCAGUGUUCAGGAAGCGAUUCGUUUCGCUUCACGCUGGAACCUCCUCGGUGUCGUCACUGCAGCGGAACCCCUGGUCAUGUGCCCACGCCUGGUCAGAGUCGUCAAGGAGUCUGGUUUGGUUUGCGUCAGUUAUGGCACACUGAACAACGACCCCGUAAACGUGCAGCGGCAAGUCAAGGAAGGCAUCGACGCCGUCAUCGUCGACAGCGUCCUCGCCAUCCGCAAGGGCCUCACCGCGCACGAAGAGGAGAAGAAGGCGAAGAAGGCGAGCGCCGCCGCCGUUGCGGCCGCCCAAGCGAACGGCGCCAACGGCACCAGCAGCGGUGUCGCCGCUGCAGCCGACGCAGCCGCCGCCGCCGUCGCCAAGGAGACGCAGAGCAACGGCGACCUGCCCCCGGAGAUCGCCCGCAUCGUCGACACGGUCAACGGCGUGCCCGUCUACGCCGCCCCCAAGGGCGAUGCCGCCGGCGGCGACCCCGUCAAUGGAGCUGUUUUCUAG